GGAGUGGAGGCUGGAGGCUGGAGGCUGAGUCUGGAGGCCAGAGGCUGGCCACUUGGAGGACAAGAGGACAAGGUGAAGACAAUGAGCACUGGCGAUGUGGUUUGCACCGGCUGGCUCAUCAAGUCGCCCCCUGAAAGGAAGCUCAAGAGAUAUGCCUGGCGGAAGCGCUGGUUUGUGUUGCGGCAUGGUCGGAUGAGUGGGAAUCCUGAUGUUCUGGAGUACUAUCGGAGUGACCAUUCAAAGAAGCCUAUUCGAGUGAUUGACCUGAGUGAGGGUGAGGUGCGCAAGUAUGCAGGGCCAGACUUCAUUCGGAGGGAAUUUCAGAAUGACUAUGUGUUUGUUGUCAAGACCAUCUACCGAACUUUCUACCUGGUGGCCAAGACAGAAGAGGAAAUGCAUAUCUGGGUGCACAAUAUCAGCCAGAUCUGUAACUUUGGACAUGGGACCAACAGCGCAGAUUCUGCAGAGAGCCUUUCCCAUAUCACCUCAUCUCCUCAGCCUUCCCCAGCCAGCUCCUUCCGUGUGUCUCAUGUAGCCAACUCCUCUUUUAAUGCUGAUGACUCUACCACAGCUGCCUUCCCUGCUAAGGAAGCCAGAACUGACCUCGAAGCUCUCUCCUUGCCUGACUAUCUGGUUCUGGCCCACUGCGAGACGAGAAAACUCAAUCCCAGCAGCAGAUGUGAUGCCUGGUCAAAUUCAGACCGAUCCCUGGAACAAACUUCAUCUGAUGAGGUCUUUGUUGACUCCCUUCAGCCUCAGGCAUCCAAUCACAUGUUGCCCUCUUUGUGCAGUGGGAAUGAACUUCAGGAUAUGGCGCCCCCUGGAGGCCAUGCUGCUCUGGCUGGCUGUAUCAAUUUCAGUGGACCAUCCAGUGACUGCUCAUCACCUUUGCCUUUGCUGGGGAGCCCCUUAGCCCCCACCUUUCAGGUGGCCAAGGGCCCAGCCAUGUUUUCCUGUGGAAUAACAGGAGAAGACAUACCAAACACUCCACCCCCUCGUCCUCCCAAACCAAGCCAUUUCAUGGAACAGCGCCAGGAAGAGAGGCCUCUGUGGGAUGGCCAUAGCAGCAGCAGGAGGACUCAGUGGGUUGGAGUUCCAAGAAGAAUCUCCUUGUCCAGUUUAGAUGCUGUCAGAAGCUGUAGAGCUGACAGAGAAGGCAGUUCCCUGCGAUGCCACUGGGACAAGAGGCUCAGUUUGAAUUUGCCCUGUCGGUUCACCUUGCCACCAUCCUCCCUCCCAGGGAGCUCUGAAGACAGUUAUGUCCCCAUGCAUCCCAGCAUCUCCUCUGCUGGCUCUGGACCAGAAAGCAAUGCUGAUGGUUACAUUGCAAUGAGCAGCCUUGAGAGACUUUCCAGCCCCCUGGCAGAGCUUCCCACAGACCUGGAGCCACCCCCAGUGAAUCGAGACCUGAAGCCCCGAAGGAGAUCACGCCCACCCCCUCUGGACCUGGGGAACCUCUCUACUAUCCGGGAGCAUUCAGCUUUGACCAGGACUUGGACUGUGCCUUACAACCGAACCAGCUUUCUCUCUCCAGAAAGAGAUGGGAUUAAUUCUGCAAGAUUAUUUGCCAAUUCAGUUUCCGGAGAAGAGGAAGAAAGUUACAUUCAAAUGGAACACAGACAAGGACACUCCCCUUGUGAGGGCACUUUUUCUUGGCCAAAGAAAUUCAGCCUUGAUUAUUUAGCCUUGGAUUUUAAUCCAGCUUCUCCAUCUCCAGUGCUCAAGAAACCUUUGAUUUCAGAAGAGCAUCGAGUUGACUAUGUCCAAGUAGAUGAGCAGAAAACUCAAGCCCUGCAGAACACUAAGCAGGAAUGGACUGAUGAGAGGCAGGCCAAAGUGUGAAGAAAGCAGGCCUGGGGCAUGCUUGAAGGUGCGCCUUUGUUGUGUGCCCCACUGAGGCUGCAAUGCCAGAGGACCUAGGGAUGAGGUAGAAAUGGUCUAGUGGAUGAGAACUGGCCCUUCAGUCAGAGGGGUAAUGGGACAUACUGGUUGGGGUCAGGAAAGGCUGUGUUUGAAUCCUGCCUCAGACACUUCCUACCUGUGUGACUUGGGCAAGACACUCUCACCCUCUCCAUGCUUCAGUAAAAUGAAGAGGUUGGACUUCAUGACUUCAAGGAUCCCUUCCUCCAACUCAGUCUAGGAUCCUGUGAUACUUAUAACAAGAUUCUACAGUUGGUUGUCCAUUUAAUAGUAACUGUCAUCAUGGAUUGUUGUCAAUAGCACAGAGUUAAUGCCCUGCCCAGCCUUCAGAAGAUAACAGCAGGGAAGAGAGGGCCAAGGAGUCCAAGAGCCUGGAUCUUGAGUCCCAUGGGCAUUCUGAUCAUCCUUUGCACUCCUUGGACUAUCUAGUGAAGGCGCCCCUCUCAUGAGGUAGGAUCAUGGUCAGAGCCCAGGGAUGAACCAGGCAGGGUUGAGCUGGGAGAGAGAAGAAGCAACCUACUGCAGCCUACAGAGAAUUCUGCUGGUAACCUGUCUGCCCUAGGCUCUGGAGCUACCCUAUGGGCUUCCUGGACAUAAGCUAUGAGGAGUCAGACCUGAGACUUUGCUACAAUGCCUCUCUCUGGCAGUACCCGCUGGCCUACCACCCCAGGUGCACCAGAUCCACUUAUGCUGGUCGCAGAUAUUGCCAUUGUGAUACAAGUGUUGAGGCCUGAGCAUCUACAAGGGCUAAGGCCAAGAGAAUGGAAGCAUCAGAGCAGGGAGAGGUGGAGGACCUACAGGCAAGCCCAGCUCUGUAGGUGAAAUUGGGCAAAGGUGCUUUUCUCUUCCUGGGCCCCAUUUCCUCAUCUGUAAAAUGAGGGAUCAAACUAGAUUGUCUAGAAGGUCUGUACCAGCUUUGAAUCCAUGGGCACAUGUGAGUGUGAAUGUGUGUGUGUGUGUGUGUGUGUGUGUGUGUGAGGGAGAGAGAGAGAGAAUGAGAAUAUGUGUGUGUGAGACAGGAUGAUAUAAAGGAGAGAAGGUUGGCUUUGGAGUCAGGAAGACCUGUCUCUGACACACUGACUGUGUGUCCAUGGGCAAGUCACUUAUUUGUUACUGUCAUUUAUAGUCUCUAAGACUAUAAAUUACUAACAUGGUCAAUCUGCAUUGACAGAGGGAUUUUGUAUACUAGGAGUCCCCCACACUGUUGAAAUCACAAAUAUGAACUGAAACACACACACACACACACACACUGAAAGAAAAGAAAACCUCAAAAAGUCAAACCUCAAAUUUGUAUUUUCCUCCAGGUUUGUUUAGGAAUACAUGUGGAAUAUUGGGAGAAGGGAGAGAAUUGGGGUAGCUUUUCCAAGCAAUUGAAUGAGAAUAUUCUGUUUUCAGCUCUUGGGACUGGAGUAUUACAUUGUAUUUAUUGUUUCUACCCACUUUUAAAGAUGGAAUUGUAGAAUAUCAGGACUAGAAGGAACGUCAGGUUUAACUUUAGUUCACUCCUCUCAUUUUAUAGAGAAGGAAAACCGAGAAGCCCAGAGAAGUGACUAGACUUGCCCAAGAUCACCAAUUUUGCCCAUGGCUUAUUUGCCCUCCCCCUCCACCCCAGCCAAGGACUCUGGGCUUGCACAACCCAUGUUCCAUCCUGAGGUCUUGACCUAGUGGGUCAACUUCUCUUCUUUUGGUUAUUUGUCCCUCCCCACUUCCCCAUGCCUCCCCAGUUAAUAUAGGAAAUUCUCCAAAGUAAAGCCUCAGUGUAGUUUGUGUAGAGGUUCCCCAAAUAUGUGUAAUGGGAGUCACCAACUCCCAGGCAGUCACUCAGUGUACAAUAUGGUUAUUGGCAAUAUCGGUUGUGGGAGAACCAUUGUUCACUCCCCACAGAAAAGCCACAAGGUAAAGAUUCUCAGGAGCUCGUUAACAAAUACAGGAAUAUUAAACAUUCAAAGAUCCUCUCAGCUUUCCCUCUACCACCACUCACAAAGGGAACUGGACUUGGGUUUGCCAUCAGGGCAGUCCUCUGUCACUUCAAUAAAACUCUUUCUCAGUGAAUCCUACCCACACAAUCUCCUCAAGACGCAUAGCACCACUAUGGAUUCGACUCCUUAAAAAGUCAACAUGUGUUGGAACUUGCUGAACAAGCAAAACCCUUCUCUCUGAACUUGGAUUGUCCAAGUCGUGGUCUGGCUUUGCUCUCCAAGUAGGAUACUAAGCAAGGACCAUGUGGACUUCCUUCUUGAAAAGGUAUACUGCAUCACCUUCUUUAGGUGAAGGGCCUCAAUUCUUGAACUCAGGAACUCUCAAACUUGGAGUUAGCCACAAGGUAACUCUCAAAGCUGGUGCUACACAGAAAAUCUCUUUCUCUACUAGAAGACUAUAUUCCAGGAUGCUGCUGCCUAAGAAACUCAAAUACCGCCCCUUCCAUAUACACACACACACACUCACACACUGCCUUCCGCUUUACACAAGAGGCUGGAAUUCAAGAAGCUUGUCCUUGAACUUGUCUUUCAAGCUGUGGGCAAGCAUGUCUCCCCCUACUGUGUGCUUCUGCUAUAAGUUGCCAUUGCUCUUCCUGGUGCUGAUGAGGUGGGAAUGGGGAUAGAAAGAGAGAAAUCCCUUCCCCCUUCCCCUUGCUACAUUUUGUCAGAAGAUUCAGUGGAAAAGGUGAGUCCCCAAGAACUGAAAGUCCCAAAGAAUCAGGUCAGCUUGCUUUUAUAGGCCAUGAUGAGGCAUUGCUGUUCUUCAGUCAGGGAAUAGUAGUUCUCUGUCCAUGAGUUGCCUUCAGAUCAUGGCCAAUGCUCUAUAAUAUAUCAUUGGUUUGAUUGGGGAAUUCCAAUUUGAUCAGUGACUUUUUGUAGCCUAUCAUCUCAUCAAUUUGACAAAAUUAACCAUUGGUUUA